AUGUUAGGAACAUCAAGAAAAGUUCGACGCUUAGAAAAAGAAGCAAUUCUACGUGCAAAAGGAUAUGAACAUACACGUGAAGCAUCAGAUCGUUUAUUAUCAAGUUUAAAUUUAAAUUCUGAAGAAGAUGAAAAUGAACGGCAUCGACGACAAAUAAUAACGCGACCAAUACGUCAAAUUCAAAAAGAACUUGAUUAUCCAAUUGAAACAAUGGAUCAAAUAAAUGAAAGAAUACAACAGGAAGUUAAAAAAAGGCAAGCAGCAGCAACAGCAGCAACGGCAUCAACAUCAACAUCGACAACAAAAGCAACAAAUCGAAAUACUCAAACAUCGUCAUCAUCUGUAGAUGAUCGAACAAGUCGCAAUAAUACAAUUACAGAAAAAUAUACAAGCAGCAAACAAACGAAAGCUGGCAAAACAUAUUAA